CACUCCAUCGUCGUUGAUCGACUAAUUUCAUCGGGCAUUCCAUCAGGUCAUCAGCAAACAGCAGCCGGUCCUGCUCAGCUAUACCUACAAGUACAGCUCACUCUCCAAUCGUCUCACCUAUUUCACAUUCACAACACAGCUCUCAUCACGAUGAAGUUCACCGCUCAGACCUCCUCACUUGCCCUCGUCGCGACCGCCGGCGCCGUUGCCGCUGCGUCGACACAGCAUGCUGCUGCCAAGCCUUACAGCAAUGAUCUCAUUCAUGUGGAUGAGAAAAUCAUCGACGGCGCUUUGCACAUUCGCUCGCCCGUCCCCAGUGCCCCUGUUGCUUCCGUAAAGGAGAGCGUGAUCGCCGGGAAGAAGGUCGUAGACGUCUUGCCGAGCGGUCCGGCUGCGGACAAGCCUGCUGUCAAGGUAGCCCGCUCUUUCGGCAAACGCAACAACGCCAUUACCACCGCCGGCAUCUUCCACCGUCGCAAGGACGAGAAGUCCUCGCGCCCCGUACUUUCCCACGCUCCAGCGUCGGCACCUCCUGCCGCCGCCCCCGCUGCUCCUUCCACGGGUGACAACGAGGGCGAUGACGCAGACGACGAGCAGGACGGCAAUGUUGCUGACCCCGACACGAUCGAGUCAAUGAAGCGCCGCGCGUCCGUCCAGCGCAACUUGAUUGACAUCAACACGGGCUACCCGGUAAACUCACAUGACUCAGAUGGCUACCUCGUCAAUGCUUGGAUUGCAAACAAUAACUACGGCAGUGCCGCAGUCGACACAGGCAAGAAGAAGAUCAUGAACAACCCCAAAUCUAAGAACCACAAAUCCGGCAGCAACAAGCCGAAGCAGUCCUCAACUAGCAGCAAUCCCAUCGAAGGCGACACGAAUCCGGGCUACUACGGCUCCCUCCUCAACAUUGGCCUUCGCAAGCGUCUCCUGGGUCUCAACCUCGGCGGUGGGCCUUCCAGCAACGGUGCAAACGGCGACAAUGCAGAUGCCACCAAAGCAACCAAGCAUGUAACCGAUGCCAACGACUCUGACUGCGAUGCCGACGACGAGUUGGACGGCAGCAAGGCCACCGCUCCCAUCAACAAGAGGCAGCCUCACGAUUACAACGGUGACGACGAGGACGGCGGAUGGCACCAGAGGGGUCAAGCGCAGAAGGGAAAGCAUGCAACACUUGCUGAGCUCCAAGAUGAGGAUUCGAAGCUUCAGGCCGAGAUCAAGCAGCUUGAGAAUGCUACUAGCAGCAGUAGUGGUCAAGCAUUGAGGUCAAAUGGCUUCUCUCCGCCAGCGCCACAGUCAACGAUCGGCCCCAUUCCCAUUCAUAACAGCAAACGACAGCUGCAGGGCGUGUCGCCCUCUACCUUAGCUCAGCUCGAAGGCAUAAAUGGUGGAUCGAGCGGUCAAUCCGGGCUCAGUGCCGCACAGAAGGCCGCAAUUCAAGCUCUCAGCGCCAAUGUCGGCGGCACCGCGUCCGACACUCUCAGUGGCAGCGGCAUCCCGUCAUCCACCAUCUCAGGCGCUUCGAACAACCCGUAUCUCGGAUCGCUCGAGUCGUCGCUCUCUGGUCUGACGCCCGAGCAGCAGGUCAGCGCCUUGACCAGCGCCCUGACUUCGCUGCAGGCCAAUCAGUACCUCACCAGCCUCUCUACAAGCACGGGACUCUCGCCGCAGCAGCUUCAGAGCCUCCUACCUUCCAGCCUUCAAGGCGUCGGCAAUCUCGGCUCUGCUUCGAGCCAACUUACCAGUUUGCUCGGCCAAGGCCAGAUUGGCGGUUCAACGAGCCCGCUCAGCGGCCUGCUUGGGCAAGGUCAAGGCCAACUUGGCGGUUCAACAAACCAGCUCAGCAGCUUGCUUGGCGGCUCAACGAGUCCGCUCAGCGGCCUGCUUGGGCAAGCUCAAGGCC